AUGAGAUCGUUGCUGAGAGUAUAUUUCUUAUUACUAAUUGGCUGUGUGGAAGCUGUUGGCGGGACACACCAGGUUGGUUGUGAUGUAAGAGAUGUACCGGCAUUAACGGUUGAUUAUUGUGAAGUUAUUGGACAUGACCAAGAUUCCUCUAAACAAGAACUGCAGUCUACCGUGGACCACGGUACAAUAUGUGUAUUUCGGAACCAGAAUUCAAAAGUCAAAGUAACGAAACAAUGUAAUAUCCAUGGUUGGCACGACACAGAUUCUAACAAUGCUGGAUCAAGAGAUAGAACAAAACCUCAUAUUGACUGUCCAUUUGUUGAACCAAAAAGCGCUGAUCCUAUGCAGACAACCACAAUAAUGACAUGGACAGAGCCUGUAGCUCACGACAACAAAGAUGGUACUAUCACACCUCGUAGAGCAGGUCCUGGACCUCACUCACUUUUUGGGGAGGUGACAACUUUGGUAAAUUAUACUGCUAUAGAUAGAGCUGGAAACUUUAAAACUUGCUCUGUAAAAGUUGUUGUUAAAGUUGUAAGAUGCCCUCCUUUGUCGCCGGUCAGUGAUGGAUAUUACAUGUGUCAUCCUAGUAAUGAUAUGGUACAGGGUACACACUGUCAGUUUGGAUGUUACAGAGGUCAUUAUCUAGUUGGUAACAGCUCUAUAGAAUGCGACGGGAAAACAAGAAAAUGGUAUCCACAACAACCUAAAUGUGACAGGCUACAAUGUCAAAGUAUAGGAGCGGUAGCAAGACCUCUUCAUUUUAAUUGUACAGAUUACAAUUAUUAUCGAAGUAUUUGUACAUUCAGUUGUGAACCAGGCUACGAUAUUACACCAGGACAAACAAGGGUUAUGUUGUGCACUGAAGAUGGGACUUGGAGAGGCUCUCAACCCGUAUGUAAAGAUGCUGUACCUCCAUCAUUUACAAUGUGUAACGGUUAUCAGAUUGGAUUCGCUGAUCGUGGAUUAGAUGAUGGGAUAAUGACAACCUUCCAGCUACCCACAGUCAAGGAUAACAUCGAUCAAAACCCAAUAUUGAAAAUGUUGUCAAGAACCGACCCUUCUAAAAGACUGAAAGCCGGCGUGCAUGAUAUGUUAUAUUCUGCAGAGGAUAAGGCGGGGAACAAGGCAGUUAAUUGUAGGAUCAAAGUUGUGAUGAAAGUGAUAACUUGUCCACGUAUCUACCCAAUAGCAGACACGUUAGUUACAUGUGAUUCAGGGUCUCGUUUUGGUUCAAAUUGUAACUUUUCUUGUGAAAAUGCAGCUACAUUAAACAAAACAGACCCUGUUACUUGUCAACGACAAAACGCCAAAUCGUAUGGACAUUGGUCAUGGGACGAUAAACAACCGUAUUGUGUGGAUGCAAAGCGGUGUAGAGAUGAUUUGAAGGCCCCUGAGAACGGCGCAUUAGCAUGUGAUUAUUGGCUUGGAGGGAAGUUUUGUCAUAUGUUUUGCCGUUCAAGAUAUGAUGUACCGGUAGGACACAUAGAUGGAAAUGAAAUGUUCGUAUGUGGACAAUCAGGAAAAUGGAUGCCAUCAUCGUCCGUACCAAACUGUGCAAGGGUAAUUGGAUCCAGAAGUUCCAAAUAUAGACUAAACAUUGAUUUUCAUUAUACUGGGAACUGUCAUGAUCAAGAUGUAGUGUUGAAGAUACAGCAGACGUUCAUAGAACACUGGAAAACAGAUGUCCACAAGGAGGGAUGCCUCAAUGACAUUGAUAAAUGCAUACCUUCAAAUAUUCAGGUUUUGUGUGGUAGUUUGACUGGGAAGAGAUCAACACGACUAACGAUUAGUUUUGAUGUACAAAUGGAAUCUUCAUCUGAUAUUGGCAGUCAACAGUUUACAAACAUAUCUUACCAUCAAUAUUCAGUAGUUCAGAAGAUAAAGAAGGCUAUCCAUAAUGCAGAAUUCAAUUUUGCAUUAGACAACAACAGUACGGUGAACGCCACUGACUUUACCUACACACUUCUAGAAGUAGACUGUCCUGACAAUACUGUCCAAACAAAUAAUCAUAAUAAUUGUGCUAAAUGUCCUCCUGGUACAUAUUACAAGAAGAAUCCAAAAUCAUGUGCUACAUGCCCACGUGGAACUUUUCAACCAAUGGAAGGCCAGCCAUCGUGUAUAAAGUGUCCUACUGGAAAAACUACACCGACAGAAGGUUCAACUAGCAGAGCUACAUGCGAAGACGCCUGUCUGCCUGGUUCCUGGUCAAUGGAUGGUAUCCCACCAUGCUCCUACUGUCCCAAAGGAACAUACCAGGACUCCUAUGGAGGAAUCGACUGUCAAAUCUGUCCACGAUCUUUGACCACCGAUUUAGACGGCGCUGAAAGUUUUAAGCAUUGUCAAGAAUUCGAUAUCCAUUUCAACUCCCCCAACGUAUCUGUUGAGAGGAAGUUUGAAGCAGUAUCUAGUUCCUCUGUGUUUGUUAGUACCUGGAUGAGAAUUGAGAAAUACCAACAUGAAAACUGCAUCUUGGCGAUUCAUGUCGAUGGAUACAAUCACACAAAUAUAUUUGUGAGGGCUGAUACUGUUCAAAUAAGUCAUAAUGGAUUUGAACUGUCAGCUUCACAUAAACUCUCCCCAUCCAAGUGGUAUUUCCUUACGAUUAUGAUGUCUGAUAAACAUACAGUACUUACAUUUGAUGAAGAAAGUCUUGAGCUGAACCACUCAUCUCUGUUAAAACAACAAACAGGAAAUAUUCAACUUGGCGGAGGGAUUGAAGGAAGAAUUUCUCAAUUGAAUAUAUAUAGCAAGCCCGUUAAAUUUGUAAAGGCACAAAAGUGUUUUGGAAGUAUGACUGGUGAUAUCUUAAGUUGGAAAGAGUUUGAAGACGUUUUACAAGACGACAUUUAUGUUCAUAUCCCUAGUGACUGUGAUGAUACUAACGAGUGUGAUAGCAAUCCAUGUUUAAAUGGCGACUGCACUGAUGAACUGAAUGGAUAUUCCUGUCAAUGUUUCUAUGGGUUUUAUGGAGACAAUUGUGAACAUAACAUCGACGAUUGUGGAUAUAAUGCAUGUGAUAACAAUGGAACAUGUAUAGAUGGUCCAGCCUCAUAUACUUGUCAAUGUUCAGUCGAUUAUACUGGAAGUUUAUGUGAAAUAAUGAUAGUUGACGGUGAAUGGAGUGAGUGGGGAAAUUGGUCAACCUGUUCGGUAUCAUGUGAUAAUGGAACUAUUACGAGGACUAGACUCUGCAAUAGUCCAACUCCUGAUCAUGGUGGAAAAACAUGUUUGGGUAACAGUACCGAAUAUGAUAUAUGCGAAGAGGAAACAUGUCGAGUCUGCAAGCAACUUGUUGAACAAGAAAACACAGUACUUUCCUGUCAUAAUAACACAGCAAUAGAUACCAUAAAUUGUACUCUGAACUGCCAACCAGGUUUUGCAUUUGAUCACGAUCCAAAGGAUUAUUAUUUUUGUGGACCAGAAACGCUUCAUGAAUGGGAUUUUCAAACAAAUGACAACCCACUAGCCCGACUACCAUCCUGUACAGAAAUUAACAACGCAUCACAACUUAUUAUUGACUAUACAGCUAGAUAUUCAGACCUUAUAUGUGAUCUUUCUGUAAAAGCUGACGCUGCAGAAAAUAAAAUAAAAGAAGUUCUCCGUGUGGCAUCCGAUAAAAUAGAUUGCAUAGGCAAUGGGCUUUGUAAAAUUAUUCGACUGGAGGUUAUCAACUGUACUGAUUAUCGUCUUGGAAAGAAAGAUACGUUGUCCGACAAAGCUGCAUUUAAUAUCUCAUUUUGGUGCGAUUCUCAUUCAUAUGGUUCAGACGAAUGCUACACUGUGCUAUUAGAUGCAUUUAAUUCCAUGGUGAAUCAGACACGAGAACGACGGCUUGAUAGUGAAGUUGACAAUACUAUUUAUCCUAUAGACCCACAAUCUCUGAACGUAGAUAGCAAGGUUAUUUGUGAAAGUGGAAUGGUUUCUAUAGAUUUUAGAUGUGUGUCCUGCAGCAAGGGUAGAUUUGAAAGUAAAGGGAAUUGUGAGCUUUGUGGUGUUGGCUAUUAUCAGUACGAAAUUGGUAGAACAUAUUGUAAAACGUGUCCAGAUGGCAAAACAACUUUAGGCAAAGGUUCUACCAACAUUAACGAUUGCUCAGGUAUUUGUAAUUUUAGAGUUGCUAUCAUAUAA